UGAUUACUGGUGGCCAACGGAGAGACAGAUUAUACGGCUCUACACAACUGUUGUUUUAAUCCCCUGGGCGAGGAGAUUUAGCAAAGAAAAAACAUCGGUUUUAAACCCAGCAGCCAUAUUGUAUGGAAAAACGACGGAAAGACUCCUCUUUUCAGAAAAAGUCGUUUUUUCUCAGACACCUCUAUCAGGACUUUUGGGGACUUUAAUUGUUUUUCUUACUGGCCGUGGGUUUCUGUCGGACAGCUCGCUUGCCAGCUGGUUGAGGAAUUCAGAGAUUUGGACUUGUUUUUAAGCCAUUUAACGCAAUAUUGUGGUCACCCCUUUUGUUUAAAGGUGUUAAAUUAACCGUGUAAACAUGAAGGACCGAUUGGAGCAACUUAGAGCGACGUGUGAUCAGGAUGACGAGGAUGUGGAGAUCGCUGUGGACAACGCAGCCUUCAUGGAUGAAUUCUUCUGUCAGAUUGAGGACAUCAGGAACAGUAUCGAUAAAAUUGAUGAGAACGUGGCUGAAGUCAAAAAGCUUUACUCUGUCAUCCUGUCUGCUCCCACAUCAGAUCAGAAAACACAGGAUGACUUGGAGGCAAUUACCAAUGAAAUAAAGAAGAUGGCCAACAAUGCAAGAAACAAACUCAAGACCAUCGAGAGGAAUCUGGAGUCAGAAGAGCAGGAGAGGGUGUCAGCUGACAUCAGGAUACGUAAAUCACAGCAUGCAGUGCUGUCCAGGAAGUUUGUGGAGGUAAUGACAAAGUAUAAUGAAGCCCAGGUGGACUUCAGGGAGAGGAGUAAAGGACGUAUUCAGAGACAACUAGAGAUCACUGGGAAAGCAACAACAGAUGAGGAGCUGGAGGAGAUGUUGGAGAGUGGCAAUUCUGCUGUGUUUACUGCAGGGAUUGUGGACGCUGGGAUCUCAAAACAAGCCCUGAGUGAGAUUGAAUCCAGACACAAAGACAUUGUCCGUCUGGAAAGCAGCAUCAAGGAGCUGCACGAUAUGUUUGUAGACAUUGCCAUGUUGGUGGAGAGCCAGGGUGACAUAGCUGACAACAUAGAGCAGAAUAUAGGCAAGUCAGUGGACCAUAUAACACAGGCUAAGGAACAAACCAAAAAAGCUGUAAGGCAUCAGUCCAAAGCACGCAAGAAAAUGGUGAUAAUAGUGGUGGUUGUGCUGAUCUUGCUGGCCUUACUAGCUCUCAUAAUUGGUUUGUCAGUGGGAUUGAAGACAAAGUGAUGAGCUAUUUGAAUAGGAGGAGAGCUAAGGAAGAUGAUCAUAAUUGGUGUAGUCUGUGCUGUGGUUGUUGUCAUCCUCCUCAUCAUCAUCCUCACCAAUACAUUGUGACGGGGCUGCUGCUUCGCUGCCGUCAUCAGUUCAUUCGUCAUCCACUCCACCCUGUCCAUCAGCUGGCCCGCCAAAGAAAAAAACUGAUACUUGAUAACUCCAUAUGGAUAUAAUAGCAUUAAGGACAAGUGUUACAUCUGACCUCUGGAAACAGGAGAUCAAUGGGACUGGUCUGUGUCUCAGGUGGCGUGGACAGUCUGAGGAUGCUCUACUGAAAAUGAGGAAAUGAGACUGAAGCUGAUGUGAGGUACAUUACCUACGGCAUCUCAGCAGAGAAGAAAAGGGAAUUUUAAGAAUAACUGAUCACAACGUCAUUCCAGUGUCUCUCAACAUUUCACUGUCCAACAUUUGAUGCCAAAGUUUAACCUGGAAGUGUUUGUCACCUGAAAUUACCUUUAUGAAGCCUUCUAGUCACCUCCCUUAUCAUUAUUUCUUGCCUUCUUGAGCCUUGACACAUUCUGUGAUUGAAAAGCUAGCUACUGUAUGUUCACUGUAAUGGGAUUUUGUACAUUUUGAGGACUUCCAGCACUUUCACAUUUCAAAAUAUGUCUUUAUUUCUGUAAUUAAGCUCAGAUGAUCAUGUAAAUAAUAGUAAUUCAUUUUGUGUGUUGUCGAUAUUGAGCCCUGAUGUGGCUCAGGUCUUUAACAUGAAGAGGAUCGGUGAUCUCACUUAUGAUUCUUCAGUUUGUAGAGCCCAUUGGUUCUGAUUUAAGAUAUGAAGGAUGGUGCAUAGAAAUAUAUUUCGUGGACAGGUGGAGCUAAGAGGAGCAACAACAGCAGGAUACGUGGAUAAAUAUGAAUCCGUUACUUUGCAUGGAUAGAAGUGGGGUUGUAUGAGGUUUUUCUCCAUAGUCAGUGUGUUACCUACAGUAAAUGGCGGUUAGCAUGUGCCCAGUUUGGAGUCGCAGGCAGGACGUAGGAGUUGCUGGUCUAGCAUUGCCUCGACCAGUUAAUUAGGUCACACAAUAACGCACAUAAAAACUAAAUUAUCAAGGCAGCACAAGACCAUCAACUCCCAUGACAUCAACUGUAGGUAACACACUAAUGAUACGUACCUCAUACAACCCCAGUUAAAAAAUCUUAACUAUCCUUUUAAGGCUUAGCAAAACACUGCAACAUCUGGGAGAAAAGCCUGACUAUUUUGUCUUUGCUAACCUGCUACAAGGUUCAAUACCAUCAUCACCUUCUACUGUACAGACAUGAUUAAUGUUUUAAAGCCAAAUAUAUAAAGAGAGACUGCUAUUAACACUAGUUAUUUACAUUUCAGUGCCAGAAUAGUCUAAUAAGUAAGAAACAGUAAUAUAUAUUUGUUGUGCUUUUUGAUGAAGUUGAUAAUUAAGUCACACAUACAGGAUAAAAGUGAAAAUGGGCUUUUAA